CGCAGUACAGUGUGGGCGGGCGCUAGGCACGGAGUGGGCAGCCGCAGUACAGUGUGGGCGGGCGCUAGGCACGGAGUGGGCAGCCGCAGUACAGUGUGGGCGGGAGCUGGCACUUGUCAGUAGCGGGCGACUAGCAAUCGGAGGCGGCGGCGCUGGGAGGUCACAGCCGCUUUGUUGACAUCGGGCCGGAAGAAGCGGAAGCGGGGAGGAGAUAGAGCGUGUGCCGCCGGCCCCUCCCGUAUGGCCCCCUCUCGUCCCUCCGGCGUCAGGCCGGGCCUCCACUGAUCCGCCGGAAGGGGGCAGCAGUCUGGACCCCAUGACAGGCUGAGCCGCGGCGGUCCCGCAGGGACUGGACAGGCCGAGACGCCUCGGACUUUUCCCCACUUCUCGUAGUCAGAGCCGAGGCCUGCGACAUGGCUGCGUCCCAGGCCUCCAGCUCCUCCAACCCGAGGAAGUUCAGCGAGAAGAUCGCUCUGCACAACCAGAAGCAGGCCGAGGAGACCCGGGCCUUCGACGAGCUGAUGACAGACCUGACCGUGUCCCGGGUUCAAUUCCAAAAACUGCAACAGUUGCGUCUUGCACAAUCUCGGGCUCAGUACUAUGGCGGCUCUUUGCCAAAUGUAAACCAGAUUAGCAGCAGUCCAUCUGAUUUCCAGGCUUCCUUUCAACAAGUGGAUAAUACCCGAGGGAUGAGGCACCAUGGGCUGGUGGAAAGGGUUUCCCGUAAUCGCAUGCAUUCCCCUCUGCACAGACCCGUAGAGAAGCAUGGACGUCAAUGUGAGAGCUCUCCGUAUGGAUCGGUUUAUCUCUCCCCUCCACCUGAUAACUGCUGGAGAAGGCAGCAUGCUACCUGGAGUGAAGAGAAACGACCAGGAUUUAGACUAUUGUCUGCUCUCAACAGAACGAAUUCUGACUCUGCACUUCACACGAGUGCCUCGAGUACCAAAACUCAAGAUCCUUUUGCGGGUGGAAACCAAUAUGCAACGCGUGCCCCCAGACCUCCUCAGCGCAACACAAGUUUACAUGACGGGGAAAUCGACAACUAUAUAGAAGUUUUUUCAUUCCCAAAUUCUUUGACGGAAGAGAACAUGAUGAAUGUUUCUAAGCCACUGCCCAAACAGCUAUGGGAAGCCAAAAAGGUCCAGUCCAUGACUUCUCGUCCUCGAUCCUGUGAAGUCCCAGGCAUCAAAGUUUUUCCAUCUUCAGAUCCCAACGCUGGCCUUUCACAUUUCCAGGGGAACCUCAACACAGGUGGAUCACUGCCAGAUCUUACAAAUCUGCAUUUUCCGUCUCCUCUGCCAACACCACUGGACCCAGAUGACACCGCGUAUGGGAAUAUGGGUGCAGAGAAUAGCACAGGUGGACUUCCUGCUGCUAUGACUCAUCUGGGCAUCAGUGGCUCUUCAGGUUUGCAGAACACUCGUAGCAAUCCAUCCAUACACGCAACGCCCAACAAUAGUUCUAUGGCUUCUCCUGUAAACAACCACGGACCUCCGUCUGGCCGCCCAAAUCAAUCCCUUCACCAGUCUCUUCGCCUGGCAUCACUCAGCAACCCCUCUCUCUCAACGGCCACACUUGGCAGUUCCCCAAGGAGAAGGCAUACACCUGUCAGCCCACUCACCUUGACUCAAAGCAUGGAAUCUAAUAGGUGCAUUAGUGGACAGUUCUCUCCCACCAGCCCAAUGAGUAUUCCUCUUAAUUCACAGGGUAUGAGUCUGGACAGGAAUCCGCUUUCUCUUCCUCCUUUAGAACCUCCUCCCCCUUAUCCUUUAUACCAAGAACAGUCUCAACACUCACAUCAGCAUACACAGCAACAUGUUCAGGAAUCCACAGAGUCUCCGAACUUUCAGCCUCCCUCACCUGUACCGUGUCCUCCAUUGGACUUAAACUUGGCAAAUAGCACCCUAAGUGGCUUCUUUUCAGAUGCUUUCUUUGAUCAGCAACAGCCCACAAAACAGGGGAAAUGUCCGUGGCAGCAGCAAGAACAGUAUGACAUGUAUUGGAAUCCUAGCAGUUCCCUUCCAAACAAUAAUCUCUUCGAUCCCAACAUGAACCUUCAGUACUCUCAGGCAGCCAUGAUGGGACUAGGAGGAAGUCAUGGAAAUCUUCAAGACCCUUUCCAGCUAAGGACAAGCUAUUUGUAUUCCAAUUGCGGUGGGAGCAUUCCAAACAUUAUCCUAACAGAUGACUCAAGCAACAGUUUAUCGAAGGACAUUGGUAAUGCAGUUGCAGGAGUUUCCGAGCUGGGCUUUGAUACAGAUAAUACAUUUCAGUUGGAUGAUGAGCUGAAACUUGGACCUUUGAGCUUGGACAAUCUGAGUAUGUUAAGUGACCCUGAAAUGGUCCUGCCAGACCCUACCAUAGAGGACACCUUCCGUUCUGAUAAGCUGUGAUCCAGACUUUAUUAUGGAGCAUUGACUGCUUCAGUCUUUUCAUGGAAGAACAGAGAAGAAAACCCUGUUCAGGCUGCAACUGAGAACAAAUUCCAGGCUUGUUCACUAUUAUCUGGAUACUAAGCAGUAAUUACUUAAGGAUCUUUGACAUCUGAAUGUCUGGUCAAGUAGAAAUACUAAAAUACUGCUUUAACCCAAGCCAGUAAUUCAUGUUUGUAGAUUGUCUGUGAAAUAUUCCCCAUAGAAGAACUGCCAUCCUGCGUUUUCUGGUAUGGUGAUGCACCAUUGCCUUACAAUUCUUCUACCCUUUCCUGCUUGCAGCCAUCAGCAGAACUUAUUUAAAUCUGCUGAAAUGACGAAGGAUUGAAAUACAAAACAAGAAAAACAGAAGGAUUUUCUGAAUGGUUAAAACCCAGUGAUACAAAUGCAGACUAUGCUGGAGAUUCCAUGUUGUACAGUCUAGAACCACUGACCUCAUGACUUGCUGAUGGAUAUUUGUCAGAUUUAAGUCCAUACUGCUUUGAACUUUUGCCAAAUUUAAGUACGAUCUGGUAUAAAUUGUAACAACUCAUAUAAUGUAGUGAGGUAAUAAUGCAAUAGUGCCUUAGCCCUAGACACUUUCUCAGAGUUUGGAAGAUUGGGUAUCAACUCCCACUAUACCGUGAAUGCUCCCGAUGCACUGAGGCUUGUCCAUUCACAGGGAUUCAAUGUUCACUUAUUUUGUGAGGCAUUUGUUCUCAGUAAACUGACAAGUCAAAUACGUGUAAAGCCCAGGGUGUAUUUCAGCACUUUUUAUUAGACUACAAUAAAUUCCUUUACAAUCAAAUGCUAUACCCGUGCACAAGCCAACAUUUUAGGCUAGCCUUAGUUUUUACAGGGGGUGCAAAUGACUACAAAACUAUGUCAGUUUAUAUAGCAUUUUUUUUUU